AUGGCGACGGACUCGUGGGCACAGGCUGUGGAUGAGCAAGAAGCUGCGGCAGAAUCGGGACAGUUGCAAACGCUACAAAUUCAAGUAGUGCAGCUGGGAAACCUGAAGCCGAUGGAGAAAGCAAAACUACAGAAGAAGAAGACGAAGCCGUUUUCUCCUUUGUGCAGCAAACCACAGCUGCUUCAGGGAGUGUAUGCCAUGGGGUUUAAUCGUCCAUCCAAAAUCCAAGAAACGGCCUUACCAAUGAUGCUGGCUGAACCUCCACAGAAUCUGAUCGCUCAGUCUCAGUCGGGAACGGGAAAAACGGCUGCUUUUGUCCUGGCCAUGCUCAGCCACGUUGACCCCAACAACCAUUAUCCUCAGUGCCUGUGCGUAUCGCCCACCUAUGAACUGGCACUCCAGACUGGUAAGGUCAUCGAGCAGAUGGGCAAACAUUACCCAGAAGUCAAACUAGUCUACGCCAUUAGAGGAAAUAAAUUGCAGCGGGGCAUGAAACUGCAGGAACAGAUAGUCAUUGGCACACCUGGAACCCUGCUGGACUGGUGCAGUAAAUUCAAGUUCAUCGAACCCAAGAAGGUGAAGGUGUUCGUGCUGGACGAGGCUGAUGUCAUGAUCGCCACACAGGGUCACCAGGAUCAGAGUAUCCGAAUUCAGAGGAUGCUCCCUAAAAACUGCCAGAUGCUGCUGUUCUCAGCCACGUUUGAAGAGACAGUUUGGAACUUUGCUCAGCGCAUUGUGCCCGAUCCCAACAUCAUCAAGUUGAAAAGAGAGGAGGAGACGCUGGACACUAUCAAACAGUACUAUGUGUUGUGCACCAGUAAGGAGGAGAAGUUCCAGGCCCUGUGUAACAUCUACGGAGCCAUCACCAUCGCUCAGGCCAUGAUCUUCUGUCAUACACGGAGGACUGCAGGCUGGCUGGCUGGGGAGCUGUCCAGAGAAGGCCACCAGGUGGCGCUGCUCAGUGGAGAGAUGCAGGUGGAGCAGAGGGCUGCCGUCAUCGAGCGCUUCAGAGAUGGAAAGGAGAAAGUCCUGGUGACCACCAAUGUUUGUGCUCGAGUCGAUAAGGACGGUAACCCUGACAACGAGACGUACCUGCACAGGAUUGGACGCACAGGCCGGUUUGGGAAAAGGGGUCUUGCCAUCAACAUGGUGGACAGCAAGAUGAGCAUGAACAUCCUCAACAGGAUCCAAGAGCAUUUCAACAAGAAAAUUGAAAGACUAGACACAGAUGACCUGGAUGAAAUUGAGAAAAUUGCCAGCUAA